AUGUCUUCCUCUCCCAUCGACAUUGAGAAAGAAGCUGUAAGAGUUGGGUCCGCGCAUGAUGGCGCAGUACCUGGUGAAACAUUUGAAUAUGGUACCAGCACGUACGCGAAGCUACAGCGACUGGCUGGAAAAUUGCAUGUCGAGCAGAGAGGUAUCGAACGCGUACCUGAUGAUGAACGCGACGAUCAUUCAUUGCUGAAUGUUGGGACUAUGUGGCUCUCUGCCAACAUGGUCAUCUCCUCCUUCGCCAUCGGUCUGCUCGCACAGAAGCUUUUCUUCCUCGGCUUCGUCGACGCCAUCCUCACCUGCCUCUUCUUCAACAUGCUAGGCGUUAUCUCCGUAUGCUACUUCAGCACUUUCGGCCCACGUUUCGGCCUACGCCAGAUGGUCCUCUCCCGCUUCUGGUUCGGCUGGUACGGCGUCAAGCUCAUCGCCUUCUUUAACGUGCUCGCGUGCAUCGGAUGGAGCUCCGUAAACAGCAUCGUAGGCGCGCAGCUGCUCCACGCAGUCAACAACGAUGUCCCGGGCUGGGCGGGCAUCCUGGUCAUCGCCGUGGGAACGCUGCUCGUUACCUUCUUCGGGUACAAAGUUGUGCAUGCGUACGAGUUCUGGAGCUGGAUUCCCACUUUCAUCGUUUUCCUCAUCGUCCUGGGAGAAUUCGCGCAUUCGGGCGCCUUUGUGAAUUUGCCGAUGGGCACCGGGACGUCAGAAUUGGGCAAUGUGCUUAGCUUUGGCAGCGUGGUGUAUGGGUUUGCGACCGGGUGGACAAGCUACGCUGCGGAUUACACCGUGUAUCAGCCAGUAACCCAGUCGAGGAAGAAGGUUUUCGGCGCCGUGUGGAUCGGUCUGAUGGUUCCCCUACUCUUCACUGAGUUCCUCGGCAUUGCAAUUAUGACGGCUACGACGAUCAACGACGGAAACAACCCCUACAUGGAAGGCUACACUGCUUCUGGAACCGGUGGACUCCUCGCAGCUGUUCUUUUCCCGCCGUUGGGAGGCUUCGGAAAGUUCUGCCUGGUCGUUCUGGCGCUGUCCAUUAUUGCCAACAAUUGCCCGAAUAUCUACUCGGUUGCGUUGACUAUGCAAGUUCUGGGGCGAUGGACGCAGCGCAUUCCAAGAUUCGUUUGGACGACCAUUGCGACCGGAGUGUAUAUUGCGAUUGCGAUUCCUGGGUACUCGCACUUCGAAGAGGUCCUCGAGAACUUCAUGAACUUCAUUGGCUACUGGCUCGCCAUUUACGAAGGUGUGGCAUUUGCCGAACAUCUCCUCUACCGCCGUAGCAUGUCCGCGUAUGAUCCCUCCACUUACGACCAACCAUCGAAGCUCCCUCCCAGCAUUGCCGCCGUUUUUGCAUUCUGCUGCGGUGUUGCGGGUAUGGUGACGGGCAUGAGUCAGGUUUGGUUCGUCGGGCCGAUUGCACUGCACGCUGGAGAGGUACCGUAUGGAGGUGAUGUGGGCUUUGAGCUCGGUUUCGCGUUCGCAUUUGUGAGCUAUGCUAUUGCACGGUAUUUUGAGAGGAAGUAUUUUGGAAGGUAG